UGGAGCAGGAUGCGGAGUAUCCGGUAACGCGCUCGUAGCUUUUCCAAAAGAUGCGGCUUCGCGAUAUCCCCGUGUUACCUCAGGUCUGAUAGACGCUGAUUGAAUAUUGGCUGGGUGCGCACUGUCCGAUUCAAAGCUUUAAAUUCAGCGCUGUUUUUUCAAACUUUUACGAAUCCCCCAAAACAUUGACAAGUUUAGAGGUGCGCGUUGAUUUCAUCAUGGCUACAGAUUUUUAAACCAUUUUGUGAACCCGUCGGACACUUUGGGACAGUAUGGAUAGUCAGUCAGACUCAUGGGUUUAUAUUAGCACUAAUACUGAAGAUACUACGGGCCGUGGAACAGAAUGACACCGGUGUGGAACCAGCGACCGGGGCGAGAGCCACCAAGACCCAGAUGGGGACUGACAGAUCAUAGGAUUAAACUGCCAAAAUGCCCAAAUGCCGCCCCUCGGCAAUCUCUUCCAUCUUACCUGCACAGAUCACGACCCCGAAGGCCUCCCACAGACUUCAGGCCUUCAGAAAGCCCUGUGUAUCACUGGGAGGAAGCAGGAGUACCCAAGGCGAGCGGCUACCAUGCCAGACACGCAGAAUCAAGCCCGGUGCGCCCACGAAUCGUGACGGUGGUGCGGCCGUGCGGACAGGAGAGUGUGCGGAAGAUCUCACUGCUGUUAAACCGCCGCGCUGUGCAGACGUUCGAGCAGCUAAUGGCAGAUGUGUCUGAGGCACUUGGCUUCCCCUGCUGGAACAACGGUCGAAUACGACGACUCUUUAGCCCUGCAGGCCGAGAAAUCCACAGUCUUGCUGACUUCUUUCGCUUUGACCAUGCCUUCCUUGCUUUUGGGAAUAGCCGGCCAUCUCUUGACGAGGUACAAGCAGCACUAGACGAGUUAUAUCCGGAAAACCCCGGGCACUGCGAACACCUGCUGAGGGUAUGGGAGCGUAUCCUGAGACCCAAGGCCACUAAGGCGGAUAGUGGGUUCCAUGAUGAUGACGCCGGAGCCGAGAUGUCCUUACCUAUGGUACGUAAUCAACAGGUAAACCAACCAGCUGUCAACAACUUGCAGCCUGUUGGAAGGCAAAAAGAAAAGGUAAAGAGAGAAAGACCGAGAGAACUGUGGAGGAGGAGAGGUGAGGAAGAGAAGGAGAUAAAGAAGGAGGAAGGAAAGAGAGAAGCUGUUUACUGCCGGAGCUGUCGAGGAUGCGGCCCUCCAAUACCUCCAAUCAGAAGCACUCGAUGUUCUCAACCGGACGGGCCAAAUAACCACAGUAAUAAAAGUACUCAGAACAACAUGGAAAAAGCACCACAAAGAUCACUGAAAGCAAACAAGCAAGAUUUGGAGACAAUAACUGAGCAGGAUGUUAAUAAGCAGCAAACAGCUGAGCAAAAAGAUAUGCAGAGUAGCAUAUUACCUGAUGGUGCCGAAGUGUCGCUGGAGGACAUUGAGCGCUGCUAUGACAUGGGCCGUGUGGUAGGAGACGGGAACUUUGCGGUGGUCAGGGAGUGCCGUGUGAGAGGCCUGGCUGAAACUUUCGCUAUGAAGAUUGUAGACAAUGCAAAGCUGCAGGGCCGUGGUCACAUGAUUCAGAAUGAGAUCGCUCUGCUGCGUAGUCUGGAACAUCCUCGGCUCAUCCAGCUGUUUCGUUCUCAUCACACGCACACCCAUGUUUACCUGCUGAUGGAGCUGGUGACCGGUGGAGACCUGUUUGAUGCUAUCACUCAGAACGGCAGGUUUACCGAGCCAAGUGCUGCAUGCAUGAUCAGAGACAUCAGUCAGGCACUGGAAUACAUCCACAACAAGAGCAUUGCACACCGAGACAUCAAACCUGAAAACCUUUUGGUACAGCGAAAUAGCACUGGAGGUUUGAAUCUGAAGUUGGCUGAUUUUGGAUUAGCUUUGGUGGUAACGGAACCAGUGUUCACAGUCUGUGGCACACCUACAUAUGUUGCUCCAGAGAUACUUGCUGAGACAGGUUACGGUGUUGGAGUAGAUGUUUGGGCGAUGGGAGUCAUACUGUUUGUGCUGCUGAGCGGGUUUCCUCCAUUCCGCAGUCCAGAUCGUAAUCAAGAGGAACUAUUCCGUCUCAUCCAGAAAGGAGAAGUCCACUUUCUGUCCCCUUACUGGGAUAAUGUAUCUGAGGGGGCUAAAGCUCUAGUUAUGGCUUUGCUAGAGGUCAACCCCAAAAGGCGUUUGACUGCUAGUCAAACCCUGCAGCACGACUGGCUUCAGCAUGCAACGGCACAAAAAGACCAUAAGGGAGCGAUAAAGGCCACUGACUCCACCAGCAAUCAGCAGAAACUGAGCAGACAGCUGGAAAUUGGUGAAAAUAAGAGUGAUUCUCACAAACCAGAAAUGUUGGCAGAGAACUGUCAUGCGGCACAAAUUUAUGAGAACAUACUGAAUCAUAAAUAUGAACCAGAUAUUAACAUGCAUGACAGAGACCAGCAGAUUCAAGAGACUCAUAACACGACAAGCAACCAACAAAAUGCAUCCCAUGCAGAGGACACCACCACCACGACCAAGCAAUAUACCACAGAUCAGCACAAACCUGAGAAACCAGCACAGCAAGAAGACACUGACACAAAACAUGAGUGACCUGCUGAGUAAUGAGUUAGUUAAAGGGCAGUGAAGACUGAAGAAGCAAGCAUAGACAAGUGAUUAGAAGAAACUAAUCAUACAUUAAAUAGUCCUGACAAAAUAAGCCAUGUGAAACAUAACAAAGUGGAACAGCAGACCUGAGGCAAACAUAACAUACAUAUUACUCUGUAGUAAACAACAUAUAGUGUCUUCUCAUACUCUCAAACCUACACAUAUACUCUAAGCACUGAUUCUGACUGAGAGUUCACUCAGUUUUAUCAAGGCUCAAAUGACAUCUGCACUGAUCUCCACUCAUUUUGGAGGAAAAUCUGCUGAAUUAGUGUAAAUAUGGUUACAUGUAUUAAAAGGAGCUUAUAGUGCACUCUUCUUGGUAGUUUAAGGCAUAAUCCAAUAUUUUUAAAAACACAUCUGAAUAUCAGAAUUCUGUAUAAAUUCUAUGUGCGCGUACAGGUCACUAAUGAAUGAUACAGGACAUUAAAGUAACUAUUAGAACAAGACAUUAUUUACUGACUAGAGGCAGAAGGGUAGUUUAUGUUGUUUUGUCUUCCUAAUCUGUGUUAUUUUAAAAGAAAGGCAUUUCAAUAUAGAAGGACUAGUUUUGUUUUUUAAAUGUAUUGGUCAAGCUUGGCCUCUGCCAAUGUUUGUGGGAAUGUUAGUUGGGUAGACUAACUAGUAAUAAGCUAAAUGUAUUUAGUAUUAUUUGCCUUCCCAUGUCUCAUUUCAUGUAUUUAUAUUGCACAUCCUCAAUUUUAUUCAGUCUUUUUCUUUUUUUUUCAAUAAAGUUGUUUUGCAAAUUA